AUGGAUGGUUCAGGAGAUGCAUCUGUCCUGAGGGUUGGACAGGCAGACGUUGCAAAGUUCCUUUGCCGAAAUACGUAUGUAAAAACAGAAAAUUCUGUAAGAACGGCGGGACCCCCGUGUUUUCUGGGAGAUUCAGACGAUCCUGCAGAUGUAUUUGUACGAACGGUUGGACUGGCAGACGUUGUGGUGGGCCGCAGUCAUGAUAAUUCAGAAGUUAUUGACAAACAAAAUGAUGAAAACAGGGACUUUAUAUCGGUCAUAUUGAGUGACCAUCAAAUGCAGUAUACUCCCUCUUACAUUUUUAUGACGACUCAUACAUCAACAAAUGUAAAUAUUACUACAUCUGAAGCACUUCCCGAAGAUCAUAUAACGAAAUUCAACUCUUCAGUGACAAUCCCAUAUACAGAUUUCGGAACCAAUGGAUCGUCUGAUGUGAAAGCUAUUCGUAUUUCCUCAACAGAAAAUAUUACAGCUGCUCUAGGUGUCCAAGACAUCACUACCCUCAUCACUACAGAAAAGCUUGGUACAUCAUAUAUACUUCCAAAUCCAUAUAAAGAUCCCAGAUUUGAAGCAUAUGCAGCAAUAACAGUAACGGCGAUUCACGACAAUACCACCAUUACAAUUUCUGAUUGGGGGGAAACUACCUUCCCGGAUUACACUCUCAAUGCAUUAGAAACGCAUGUACAAGAGCAUCAUGGUUCUUUGCCAAAAACAUAUAGUAUACAGUCCUCCAAGCCAGUGGCUGUUUUCUCCGGAAUGUACUGUAUGUCGGAUGCAAAUUGCAGUAAUAUUAUUGAACAAAUACCACCCUUCAAUCAACUGGAUACUGUAUAUAUUAUUCCGCCUAACUAUAACAGGUUCCUAACGUAUAUUUUAUAUUUAUCUAAAGAUAACACAACCAUUACCAGUAUGAAUAACGACACCAUUCCAAUCACAGGUGGUAAACGAUACGAUUAUAUAAUGCUUAAUGAGGUGGUGAUGGUCAUCCGGAGUGCAGAUCCCAUUCUAAUGACAAGUUACGCAGUACAAUACUUACCUUUGGGUGAACAUAACCCGUAUUGGACUGUGGUUCCUGGAGUUAAUCAAUACCUACCGAGGUAUAAAACCGUCAUACAAAGUGGAUGGAACAAUAACUACAUUGCUAUCAUGAUCAGAAAGAGUGCUGUUGGUGGUAUGCGAUUAAAUAAGCAAUCAAUUGACGCUAAUACAAUUCGAUUCGAGAAAAAUGUGUUCGUUGAAGACCUGGAGUACUCGGUCAUUAUUGCUGAAGUAGCAGAAGGCGAGUUAACCUUGGAUACCAUCGAUGGUACUCCUUUUGGUUUAAUGGUGUAUGGUUCUGGUGAACAUGGUGGAUAUGGCUUUGCGGGCAACGUUAUUCUUCGUUGA